AUGAUUGCGGUGGAUAUCAAUCUCAACGGAAAGAUAAUGAAACGCAAAAUUGAGCACGGAGUACCCUUUCAAGUGCCAGAAACGAACAUCUCGGUCAUCAUAACAGGAUUUUCGACACCUCCAACCCCGGUACACACGGCUACUUUCAUCAAGCAGUUGCCAACGACGGAAAAAGGCACUCCGGAGAUCGGAUUCACGUACACUUCUGUUGCUCAGGCUGGAGCGCCGACAAGAGGACUGAUCGGAGAGUUCCAAUGGGCGGAAUUGAAAGAUGCUGAAAACUUCCGGUGCAUCUUUGAUGAACGGCUAUGUGACUGCCUCGUUCAAGGAACGACUCUUUCGUGCCAUUGCCACCGACUACAACUGAAAGAAGUAAUGGAAAAGACCAAGCUUCCUGUUAAAGAAACUGGAGUGAAAGUUCUGUGGGAGGAUGAGAAGAUCGCGACGAAGAUCACUACUUCGGCUUUGGUUGCGAUUCAGGUUAAAUUCCAAAAUCAAACCGUUCAAAGGAGGGUUAAGGAAGACGACUGCCGAAUGGAAGAUGUAAGGAUUGAAGGAUGUUUCGCGUGUGGAAAAGGAGCCAAGCUGCGGGGAAACUGCAUUGGCAGCUUCAAACAUCGAAUUGAAGCAACAGUCAAAUGCCCCACUCUUGGUGUUCAUUUCAUGGAAUGUGGAAAAGAUGGGAAGAAGACGGAACUCGAGUUCAACGCUGAUGGAGGAAAGAUCGAAGAAACGUGUGAGAUUAAUUGCGGGAAGAAGGUCAAUAAGUUCGUAGUGCAAGGAACUUUGAAGGAGGAGGCGACGUUCGAUGCAAGUCAUCUUCGAGACAAGUUCGCCGCCUACUCUGAAUAUGUGAGCAAUGGAAGUUUGUUGGAGUUGGUGGGAGCAUCGAUCAAGGAGACGUGGAGUUCGUUGGUUAGUGGGAUUGGAACGUGGACGACGAUCGGGAUGUUGGUUAUCAUCGUCGUCAUCGGACUUCAAUGUUUUAUCGGUCAAGCAGCAUUUUCGUUUUGGUUGUUGCCUCGGCAGUGUCGACGGAAGCGUCGAUAUCAGAAGAUCCGAAGAAGGUGGCAGAGCAAACACCAGGAACAAAGGUGA